AUGGUGGUUGUGGGGUCGUACAGGUGUGGAGCUAUUAACGGGGUCUUUGAGAAGGGGAGGGCCAUUUAUAAAGAGCAAUGUGGCGGAUGUCACGUAGUUCUUAAGGAUCAACCUCAUAAGACUGGAUCAAACUUCUACGGGCUUCUUGGCCGCCAAAAUGGGCAGGCACCAGGAUUUGUUUACACUGAGGCAAACAAUGCUACAGGAAUUACUUGCGGGCGGGAAACCAUCUUCGGAUACCUGGAGAAUCCGAAGAAGUAUAUCCCAGGCACGAAAAUGAUCUUUGCUGGAAUCAAGAAAGCUGAUGCAAGGGGCGAUCUUCUCUUUGAGCGAAACUCGGCCGCUUCCCCAGGGACAUUGGCGCACCAGGCCAGUAUAUCCUUGAAGACAUGUUAUAAGGACGAGGAGGCAGGCGAAUUCGACUGGAAUAAGUACACGUGCCCAGAUAGCACCCCGGAGUGCUGCGUGGAGAGUGAAGAAUUUACAUGCUGUCAGACCGAGGCACAGAAAACACUUUAUCAACAACUUCAGCUAUGGGGUGGGGUGGUAGGAUUCAUGCUCAUUGUGACGGGUGCCUAUCUCUGCUACAAAAAGGAAACUAACAUUUGCGAAAAAAGCCUCAAGGAAAGGUGCAGUUGUGGCAAAAAGCAAGAAGCGAAGGAAGAGACAGAACUAGAACUUACUGUGUUACCAAGUGGCGACCUCGGGAGCGCAAUGAGGCGCGAGGGGACGACCCUCAGUCAGUACGCUGCUUCACAGGCUCUGAACAACGAUCUGACAAAACUAUCGUCCGGUAACUACGAGAAGAAUGAAAACAAAGACUCACAAUCCAUUUCAGAGUCGUCGGCGGAUCGGAGGACUAAAAAUGAAGAUAACUCCGAUGCACAUACACCAACAAAUGAAACUCCGGCAAAUAAAACGAAACCAAAGAGUGCCACAAAGUUUCAGUGGAAAAAGAAGCAAGAGCCGUCCGAAGUAGCCGAGUCGAAAUACAAUUGGAAGAAAAAGAAGGUCGAGGAAAAGUGUUCGCCCUCAACACCAAAGAACCCCUAUAUAUACAUACCAUGAUAAUUACUUUUUAUUACAUGUAUAAUAAAACAUCAUAUGGAUAAUAAUAGACAUUUGAAGAUUCCGUCCUCCUCUUCCAUAUGACUGUGCCUGAUGUCGUCAGAACAAAGUUUAAGGAAAGUGAUGAUGAUAUGACCAGUUGCGUGAUAUUCGCGACAGUGAUUUUAUUGGAUCAAAAGUCUGCAUAUAUUUUUAAAUAACUUGUACAGAAAUUUUUUGUAUACAUUACAAGGAAUUGAAAAGGGCACGCAAAUUAGAAAUGAUAUCAUUUAGAGCCAGGUUGAAAUCCAUAUGUUAAGAACCUUUAGGCCCAGCCCAAUAGACACCAUCGGUCUUCGCACAUGUAGAUCGAUCCAUUUCUGCGGUGCAUCUCGCUGAGAGCAAUCAGCUUAACUGGAUGACACGCCUCCUUUUGUUUCCAACGAAUUCGAAUAAGCACGAACCUUUCUGUAUGCAACAUAAGGCCAGGAGGAGACGUGCCAUGCAGUUGGACUGCUUGCACUCAGCAAGACUUCCCACCGAGUUGGAUCGAUUUAUGGAAGUAGAUCACUGGUGUCUAUGGGAAUGGGGCCUUAGACCUUCUUGAAUCUUGUUUUCAAAUAGAAUAUUUUAGAUUUAGAAACAUUUAUGUGUCAUUAUUUUCUAACCAACGCGUGUUCAUAGUAUUGAUGACAAUAUAUGUUUUUCAUACACCUGACAUCAUUUUAUGGUUGGAAUCAGUUCUGCAAAAAAAUUUUUCAUGGUUCCUUUGAUCAUCCCUUCUAUUUAAAAUGUUUGUGCAAGCGCAUGGUUUGUUAUUAUUUCACAAAAAAUAUUCUUAAUGCAGAGCUACAAAACAUGUUUUGGAGAGCCAUGGUUUUAAACUGUUGAAAACGUGCACUUAGUAUUGAUCU